GCGUUAUUUCAUCUCCCUUCCACGGCCCUUUUAGGGACAUCUAGAUCUGUUGCUAGCUGCGCUUGGGACCUGGAAGGCCAAAUCACGCGUCCUGACUUCUGGACUGAAGAAAUUCUUUGUUUCAGGAGCACCGAACAAGACAGCUUGUUAUGUUGAGAAAACUGUCACAACUCUGUCCUUUUACUUGCAGCCGAACACAAGGCCAGGACUGCAGUGUUGUCAUGUCCUGAGUACUAGAACCGUACAUGCAGUUCAUUCUCCAUCCUUCUGUUGGAGGUGUCUAAAGUCCUCGUGAAUGUGACGUGAGUGAAGGAAGGGGACAUGGUUGAGAACACCCUCUACUUGGCCAUUGGCCUAGGGGUAGUGGCAGUAUAUGCGUCCCUCAGUUUGCUAUUUACCUGCCUACCUCAUCUGAUUCACAAGAAGAAAAAGCUUGGAUUCUCUGUACAACUGACGGCGCACCGUGGAGGUGCCGGUGAGAACCUUGAGAAUACCUUAUCUGCAUUCAAAUGGGCUGUUGAGGGCUGCAAUGCUGAUAUGCUAGAACUGGACGUUCAACUUACAAAAGAUGGUCAGGUUGUCGUGGCCCAUGACAGCAACUUGCUUCGGUCAACAGGCGUGAAUGCUACCAUUCCAGACACGGACUUUGCUGAUUUGCCAUUGCUGAAGCAACACCUUCCACUCUACUUUGCCGAUGGCGUUUGUGAGAAGGUUUGCGAGGACCGCAACAUUCCUCUUCUUCGUGAUGUGAUGAAAGAGCUUCCCAAAGUUGCCAUAAAUAUUGACCUGAAGAAUGCAUCUGACGAGUUAAUAGCCAAGACGGCCGCUUUAAUCCACGAAUUCAAGCGUGAAAAGAUCACUCCGUGGGGCUCGUCCAACAUACACGUGUGGAGACUCUGCCACAGUUAUGACUCCAGCAUUCCUCUGUACUUUUCCAAGCACCAAGUGUUCCUUUAUCCCAUCCUCUUCUGGACUGGACUUCUGGCAUUCCUACCUAUUCAGGCAGCCAUCUAUGAAACGGCGCUACCUUCUAUCUUCCUUGGGCGACAAUUUAAGAAUGGCUGGUUGAUGAAAGUGUUCGGCCCCUUGCUGAGUUUUUUGGCAGAGAAGUUCACACUAAGCAGGCCUUACAUCUCAUUCCUUGAACGCCGAGGAAUACGAACUGUUCUAUGGGUUUUGAACUCAGAGAAAGACUACCAACAUGCUUACAAACUCGGAGCAGUUGGUGUUCACACCGACUAUCCAUCAAAGCUGCGCGAGUUUAUUUCAUCCAACCCCAAACUUUGCAGUGUGACAACCUACUGAUCUUCUUCAUCCUGCUGCUGCUGUAGAGCAGCUGCAGCGGUCAGUCUAUACAGCUGCUACUGCUACUGUGCUUUGAGCAGUAUGCACGCGCAGAGAUGCACCAGCGUGCCUGCCCUACAAUGGAUACGGGACUUUUAUUUAUUGACAUCUAUAUGCAACACCACUCGGCGCAACUCUUGUGCUGAUCCUUCUCCGGUUCUGUUCUUUGCUUUUACUAGAUCCCUCUGGAUCUUUUGACUGCUGCAUAGCUCAGAAUCCUUCUUUCUUUCCGCUACAUAACGUUACAGCAACCAGCUCAUUCUUGUUUCAUUUCUUCAAAUA